AUGGCAUUCACGCUCGUAUUUGCGCUUACACUCUUACUUUCGAUCGUUUCGGCCUACGAUCCAGGCGGUUCAUACAGUCUCGGUUCUGGCGGCAUCUUAAAAAACGCCACCGACUAUCUGCCUUAUCCCCUUGCAAACUUCACGACUCCAAAAGUAAAGCCGGCAAAUCUGCCCAAGGGGUGUCAGAAUGGUCCUCAUUCACGAGGCUGCUGGGGUAACUACUCUAUCGAUACAAAUUACUACGAAGACUCGCCUCGUACUGGAGUGACGAGGGAGUACUGGCUUGAGGUUCUCAACAGCACCGUUUCCCCAGAUGGCUACAGAAUGGGUGCUCUAACUUUCAACGGCAGUAUGCCCGGGCCGCUGAUCGAGGCUGAUUGGGGAGACGAACUCAUUAUCCACGUCACGAACAAGCUGCAGACCAAUGGCACGUCUAUUCACUGGCAUGGCUUUAGGCAGUUGAACAAUAAUGAUGCAGAUGGUGUUCCCGGUGUUACCCAGUGCCCCAUCCCACCCGGAGAGACAUAUACCUAUAGAUUCUAUGCCGAGCACUACGGAACAACAUGGUACCAUUCCCACUUUACGAUGCAGUACUCCGUGGGUCUUCAAGGUCCGAUAAUUAUCCACGGACCUGCCACGGCCGACUAUGACGAAGACUUGGGAGCUGUCAUCCUACAAGACUGGGCGCAUGAGUCCUUCUUCGCCUUGUGGUGUUCUCUCAUCAAUGGCAAAAAUAUAUUUCCCUGCGAUACUAAAGAUCCUCGAUGUGUCGGUGGUACGCGCCGUCCUGAGUGGCACUUUGAGAAAGGCAAAAAGUACCGUAUGCGCCUUAUCAACACCGGUGUUUACUCGAACAUGCGAUUCUCCAUUGACAACCAUACCUUGACCGUCAUUUCCAUGGAUUUUGUACCUAUAGUCCCCUAUACGACCGACAAUGUCGCCAUCAGCAUGGGCCAACGUUACGACGUCAUUGUCGAGGCAAAUGCAGACGUUGAUAACUAUUGGCUUCGCGGGAAUUGGCAGGAGAAGUGCUGUGCAAACCAGCAGGCCAACAACACGCUCGGCAUUAUUCGCUAUGACUCCUCCUCGAAAGAAGAUCCCAAGACGAAGACUAUUGUCAACACGUAUCCUGACAACUGCCGUGACGAGCCCAUGGAGAGUCUCGUCCCCCAUGUCGCCCUCGAUGUUGGCAGGCCUAACGAGAUCCAGCAGCUCAACCUCAGCUUCGUUACCCCUCCGGCACCCAAGGAGUUUCUAUUCACGAUCAAUGAGAAUUACCUCUGGGUCAACUGGUCCGCGCCGACGAACCUGCUCCUGCUCGACGGUGUUAACCAUUUCCCUGACGAGUACAUGGUCUUUGAGAAUCAUUCCAAUGACAGCUGGGUCUACUUCGUCUGGAACGACCACUCAGGCCGUAACAGAUCGCAUCCCAUGCACCUCCACGGCCAUGACUUCUAUGUCCUCGGCACAGGCCCGGGGAAUUUCACCUCAAAGUCGCCUCUCAAUCUCAAGAACCCACCGCGCCGUGACACGGCUACUUGGCCCGAGAGUGGUUAUAUGGUCAUGGCUUUCAAGACAGACAACCCGGGCACGUGGCUCGUCCACUGCCACAUCGUAUGGCACUCAAGCGAGUCUCUCGGUCUCCAGUUUGUCGAGCAGCCGGGGCAAAUGUCCGCUCUGCGCCAAAAUGCGUCGUACAUCCGUGAUACAUGCGACAAGUGGAACACCUUCUGGCCUGGGCCAGGAACGUACCAGGAGGAGGACUCUGGGAUAUGA